CUUUUUUUCUCAGUUUUGUUUUUCUCACUCUGUUGUGACGGCUCGUAUCUGCUAUUUUUGCACUUUUUCACCUGCAAUCGCUUAAUUUAGCUCUCGGGAAGUUUACAUCACAGAUUGGAGCACUUUCAAGUAAGCACCCUUGGUAUUUUUGUCAGGAAUCAACAGCUAUUUCAGGAGCUUUGUGGGCAUCCAAAAGGACAAGUCAGAGAGUGAGGUUAUGUCUGUUGAUCCUUCUCCCAUCGAUGCACGAAUCCGGGAAUUCAUCCGGAGGGAUAUCCAGGAUUCCCGGACAAAUAGUCGCAACAGUGACCUGGAUACUGUGAGGUGUGGUCUUGGUGAGAUUGUGGACGUGAUGUCCAACAAUAUCACGCAGAAAGAUGUCCAGGGUCUUGCAGCUCGCAUAAAGAGGCGAAAGCGAGCCACUUCCAAUGAUUUAAUCCGCCUCAGCAAGGCCUUUAUGCGCAAUUCAGAGAAUAUCUCGACAUUCAUUAGAAUUCCAGGGGCUAUAAAUGUGGUCAUUAAGGAAUUCACAGGGCAGGAUGCAGAUCUGAGACUCUGGGCCACAGAAUGCCUCUGCAAUUUGUCUCUGGGUGAUGAUUUCUGCUGUGAAAAGGUAGCUCUGAUGGCUGGUAGCUAUCUCCUGGCUUACGUUAAGAGUUCCAAUAAACACCUGGCCAGACUCUGUCUCUGGGUGCUCUGCAAUCUAGUUUCCGGUGGCGGGAAACCCCUAAAAAUUCUCAUGUCCCAGGAGAUUGUCAGGGAACUUAUAUCUGUGGUGCAAAAUGAUUUUGAUGAUAACAUCAAAAAUGAAUCCCUGAAUUGUCUGGAGCUGAUUGUGUCUCAUGAAGAGCAAAUUUUGAGUGAUUCUGACAAUAAAAUCAUUGUAAAUGCUGUUAUUGAGGAAAAGAACCCAGAAACUCUGGGAGGUAUCCAAUUGCUCUAUAGAUACCUUACCGGAAAGAAUUUCCAUCUAUCAGACUUGACAGCUCUUGCGAAAGUUGUCACAUUCUGCACAGAAUAUCUCACAAACCAUCCCCCGAAAGCUCCAACGAGAGACAUUGCUCUGGGUUUUGUGCUGUAUUCCAUCAGGAUUUUGGGCAAUUGCACUUCUGUUCAGGAAGAUGCUGCUAAAGCUUUCAUUGAACAAUUCACAGGGCAGAAAAAGCUUUCAGAUGUCAUCAAUAGCUUAAUAGAAUCCACAAAGCAAGAAGAAGUCACUAUAGAACUACUGUGGCUAGUCGGAAGCCUCCACAACAGUCCCUAUCCUGCUGUUCAGCAGUAUCUGGAACAAGACAAUCUGGCCUACAACACCCGAUUCCCAGUAAUCACAUCCCUUUAAAAUUUUGAGUUUUUUUUUCCUUUCUGAGUACAAUUUUGCAGUACGAAUAUUUUCCUUUAAAAGACUCUCUUUUAUUUUGCAGCGUUUAAAGAACGCUUCUACUUUUGAGAUUAUAUUUUGAAGUCAUUUAAAUUGAGUGAGAAAUCGCUAAAGAGAAAUGUGUACAUUUUCUGAAAAGUGAAUUAAAGUAUUUUUUU